GUUUCUUUGCACGGAAACGCGGCUCGAAGUUCCGUCAUUCCAUCAGGUCAGGUCAGGGCCUUUAGCCAGGGAACGCACACGUGAUUCUAGCGCCUUCCAAAGUUUCCUGAGAAUAUCAGAAUAUCAGCUCCGGAAUUCCAUCCCAUAAACCUCAGCGGUUUUACCACUGCAUCCGCAUCCAGGAUCUUUCAUCAUUGAUCUAGGCUUCACAAAAUGUGAAAACAAUUGGUAGUUUCUGAAUCGGUUCACUACACUUUCGUUGGUGAAGGGAAAUCACGAUCAAAUCGUGUUAUAAUUUUCAUUUCCAUAGCAAAGUACGAAAUAUCUUCGAACAAAACGGAGGAAUCUAACCUGAUUAUUUAAUUGAGCCGACCAAAACAAAUAAUGGCUCAUCCCCUGGAUCACAUUCCAGUGGCAAACACAGAGCAAGCAACCUCAAGCCCACGGCCAACAGCAUCACCAGCGAGCUCCUUAUCUAGACCGGAGCCUGAUCCAUCUCUCCUGGGGAGUCCCACUCCCAGUCGGUACAGUGACAAGCAUGAAAAAAUGAUUAAAUCACUCACCUCCAAAAUUUCUACCCUCCACUCCGAAAUCUCAAAGACUGAAGCUCUCCUCUCCGAAGCUCAGGUCAAACUAAAUCCCCCGAAUACCCAAGGCACGGGUACAGAUAAGGACGCCGCCGCCAUUGUCCAGCGACAUAUCCGUCUGUUGCAUGAGUACAAUGAGAUCAAGGAUAUUGGGCAGGGGCUGAUGGGCCUGAUUGCGGAAGCGAGAGGAGUUAGAUAUGUGGAAGUGCAACGGGAUUUUGGAGUUGAGGCCGGGGAUUGAGCGGCGCGGAGGACCCGGGGUGAGGGAAGGUGAUUCCGAUACGGAGUUUUCGGGCGUUUAUGUUGAUAUAUAUCGUUGUUUUCGUUAAUGUAAGGGGUGUUAAGAACCACUGUGCUAAAAAGAUAUGGGUGGGUGGGUAAUCGGGUGUUGGUAGACAAGGAGUUAUAACUAUGUUUUAUCUUGUGAAUGAAGGUCUUCGAGUGGGGGGAGAUCUUGGGGAAAUACAAGGGGUUAACUUCUUAGAGAAUGCAUCAAGAUCUAUCCUCUCUUCAAACAAACAGAAAAUAAAAAUAAAAAAAAUAAAACAAUGUAGAGAAGGCUGUCUAAUAUUAAAACCAGUUAGUUAAAACUUCUAUCACUGAAAGAAUCAAAUCCAACCUCGCUCGCUGCUCGCAGCGAACAUAAUCCAAAACACAGUAGAGAAG